AUGAAAGCAGCGGCAAUGUCUGUUUGGAUUUUCAUCAAUCUCCUCUGUUUUGGGAUGUGUGGUUACUUAUACUUAAUAUGGUCACAGUACUGGAUGAGCUUAGAAAAGCAAAGACUUUUCAGUAAGUCUCAUGUAUCUCCACAGAAAAAUGGCAUAUCGGGAGUAAGUUUCCAAGAGACGUUUUCCGAAAAUAAUAUUAAUACAAUAAUAAAUAUGUCACUAGUGAAAGCGGAUUCUGUGCGUAAACGAUCAGUUGUGUCAUUUAAAACAGGCCAGCAUUGGUCUAAUAAAUCUUUUGGAAGUCAGUUGCGAUCUAAUAACAUUGUCGUGAAAAGCCGCGGCAGUCCAAGAUUUCCUAACAUACAUAGAGCUAUACUCGAGCUCGAUAGCGACAAGUACGUAUGUAAUGAUUUGACCACAUCUGAAUGUAUAACUAAGACGACAGAGUUCAAGGAGUUAUUACUAAAGGAGUUUCAUAGAGUACUGAUGAGUGAUAGCAAAGUGUUUACAUCUGGCCUAGAUUCACAAAAUCCUUAUGAUGUGAAAUACGAAAGAGGUACAGCUAAAUCAUUUAACAGAGAGGAUAUCUUGUGUGCCCUUGGAAAGAUACCUGUCAGGACCGUUAUAGCUGAAGAUGAACCUUUUUCGAGGCUAGGAUUCCGCAUUCCUAAAGGGCCGUUACAAGAACACCGUACCUUCAAUACAUGUGCAAUUGUUACUAGCGCUGGAGCUCUACUAGGAUCACGUUUAGGAGAAUUUAUUGACUCCCAUGAUAUAGUACUGAGAUUUAACAACGCUCCAACCGAAAAUUACACGGAAGAUGUUGGUUCCAAAACUAAUUUCCGCAUUCUUAAUUCACAGGUAGUCACCAAACCGGAAUUCAAAUUCUUGGAAAAUUCACUAUAUAAAAAUAUUUCAAUAUUAAUUUGGGAUCCUGCGAAUUUUUCCGCUACGCUUGAGGAUUGGUAUCGCCAUCCUGACUUUCCAGUGUUUUCAGUAUACAAAAAAUUGCUGAAUCGUGGAGGCAGUGUUGACGUUCAUCUUUUACAUCCCCAAGUUUUAUGGGAUUUGUGGAUUGUUUUACAAGAUUCGUCUCCAUACCGUCUACGUAGAAACCCUCCUUCAUCUGGCUUUAUAGGACUAUGGUUUGCUUUAAACCGCUGCCACCGUGUUCGCGUAUUUGAGUACGUGCCGUCAGUCCGCGCGACACGCCGAUGUCAUUACCACGCAUCAAGCGAAGACGUGGGAUGCACCCUCGGUGCUUGGCACCCCCUCGCACAGGAAAAGGCACUCGCACAACGUAUGAGCGACAACUCUGAUAUUGAUGUCUUUCAGCGUGGCUUCAUUGAUAUACUCGGAGUGAAAACAAUUCAGUGUAAGGGA